CUCACGUUCUAUAUGGAGGAUGCCACGGUGACGACAUACACAACGUAGCGACAAUAUGCUUUGCGUAAGCAAAAACAACUUGUAUCGCCUCUGAAGAGCGGACACUCAUACAUAUGCCCAGGCUGCUCUGUGUCGUGAACGUGAUUGGCAUAGGGACCGGUCAUCUCAACGAGUUCCUUGAAAUCUGGACAAUGUGGCUGCCGCAGAAAGCGACGGUGGCGAAGUCUUUUCUCGCACUUUACGAGACAUACCCAGCUUCGUCACCCUUCCCAACUCGAACCAUGGCGAUUCAACUAUGCUCUCCCCUAUUGACGGAUACUGCCUUGAUGACUUCGUUGAUAGUGAUGCCGCGGCCGACGGACGGAACCGGCCGUCGUACAAAGAACCGUCAUUAUCAACUGCUCAGAACAACUGUCACGGUCCAGCCUGAGCUUUAUUUGCAAGAUGUGAUUCGCCGCGGAUGUUCAAUAAAAUCGUGGCGUGGUGGCGGGAGCCUCACGAACCAGCGUUUGAUGCAGUAUAUAUAGAUUAUGUGUACUAUUCCAUGUUACUAUAGGAUUCUUUAUUCUCGCAGUGUGUGAGCGGCGGC